AUGGCAAGAAAGAAGAAAACUCAGGUAUUGAAGUUAUUUAUAUCAUAUUGAAAAAUAAACAAAUAUUUUAGAGUUUCAAUCCAACGGGAUUCAUGAAUGAUAGUACGGAUGUAACCAUACAAUCAAGUAAAUCUCCUUCAACAUCGAACACAUUACCAUCUUAUAGUUCAUGGGAAGAAACUGAUCGCUUGGAAGAAGAAAUUCAUAAAAACUUUAUGAAGUCCCAACGACGUGUGAAUAAUUUGCCAAUUAUAGUGGAGACAACAAGAAGACGUGUGGAUACUCGAAAAUCAUUGAUUAAAUGUCCAUCAUAUGAUUAUGCUCAAAACCACGAAGAGUCUUGUAAUCAGAAACGAUAUCCAUUUUCGAUGUGGAAAGAGUUGAAAGUUCAAGAUGUACUUUAUCUACAACACUUCGAAGACUUCAAGCAAAAUUGUCGCCUUAAUUAUGCACACUUGCAAUUAUUUAUGAAUAAUGUUUUUGAGCAACAAAAAUCACAGUUUUUUUUGGAAAAGGUUGGUAAUUAUUUAUAAUCUUUAGAUAAAACAAUUGUUAAUUAUAGGAAAUUGAAGUUCGUCCGAAAUCAUUCGAAUUUUCGAUGCCAAGUGCUCCUCAUUAUGUAAUAUUUUUAUUUUUUUUAUUUAUAAUAUUCUCUAUCCAACUUUAUUCAGAUCGAAUUGGACUCGAAUGGAAAAUGUUUUGUAGUACCAGAUUCCGAAAGUUCCCCGUAUGCAAUCAUUUACAAUAAUGAAAGCAAACAUCGCCGAAAUAUAAAAACUCGUAAUAAAAACGACAUCAAACAUAAUAAUAAUGGAUAUUCGGUUAAAAAAAUGAAUAAAUGCGAACGAUUGCUUUAUGGAAUGAAAAUAAAAUCAGAUGCUCAAAUAAUUCGAUUUGACUCGGUUGAUAAAAAGAAGAAUCAUCCUGGAUUACACGUGGCUCCGAUUUGUGUCACAGGAUCAUUUGAUUAUUCGAAAACAUUGGAAACUAUGUCGAUCGAAUUUCGAUAUAAUCAUCGUCAAGAAAAUCUGAAAUAUGCCAAAUUACAAUUGGUUCAUUUUGAAGAUAUUCAUUAUGCUGAAAACGUUCUUAUGCGACAUGGGAUUCUUGUUCGAUAUGCUGAUGAUAAAUUUGGUGAAAAGGGUGUCAACGUAAGAUUUUUCUGUUCAUUUAAAGGGUUGAUGUUCUUUUGAUCGAAAGGUGGUCUGCAAAUAGGCGUUAAAUGUUCUUUUGUUUCGUAGGUUUUUUAAAGUUAAAAUUGACCUGUGGUUUGAAGUGAAACAUGAGCUAAUUUGAUCAAAUAAGAAAAGAAAGAAACAUUAAAUGAAUAAAAUUACGCAGUAAAGCGGUUACAAUUUUUACUGGAACCUUCCAGAAACACCUUGUUCCUAUCGAUACCAACCAAGAUUCCUUGGCGAAGCACCAACCCUUUAAAUAUUAGGUUUUUUGCUAGAAGUCUGCUAUAGAUUAAUAUUUUUCAGAUGUUCCUUUCAAAUAUUCCGAAAUUCGUUGACACUGAUGAUUAUUUGAAGUGGUUCAUCAAAAAUAUUCUAAGUGCAAAUGAAAUCAAGUUUCGAGAUGUUCAUUUUGAAAAAAGACCAGUUAGAAGAAUCAAAGAUUCACUUUGGGGAACUGAUGCGGAUCCCAAGUAUAUUGUAUGUUGCGAUUUGAUGCGUUUAAUUCAUGCAGCAAAAUUAUUACCAAACAUUCGUCUUAUCAGUUUCUUGGAUUUACAUCAGUAUGUCGUUGAAGAUGAAUUACCAUUCAAAGUGACUUAUUGUGACAACAAAUCAUAUGAUUCAUCAAACGAAAGACGAUUGGUUGCUCGAUUUUAUGAUCAAAAUGUGGAAAUGGGAAAAAUUCUUGGGGAAAUGUGCUUGUAUAAACGUCACGAUGACACCUUUUUGCAUUUCACAACUUCGGACACAAUCGUUGGUUACCAUAUAAUUCAAACCCAAAUUUAUAAUUUUUAUUUUAGGCGCGAGUACAUCCAAGAUACAAGAAAAUGAUUCCAAUAAACAGUGCUAUACGAUAUUCGUAUCAAGAUGAUAUUAUCAAGCUUGAUCAAAGAAUGAAAUCUGAAUGCGAAGCUCUUUCAAACCAAAAUCCUGCAAUCACACCAUAUAUCGACAAUGAUCGAAUUAUGGCUCGAAUCGUUGAUGAUUUUGAGGACAACUCCGAAGAUGGAUUCAUUGGAAUUGAAGGAUGGCCUCCAAGGUAUUUUCUAUUCGUUCUUUUUUCAAAUCAAAUUUGCCAUAUUUUUUUAGUCUUGUCGAUAGAUUUGUGGAAGAUUUGAAGACAAUGUUCGUACCAAAAGUUAUUGAUUGUCACAAUGAAAAGGAACAUUUUUUAUAUGGGUAAAUCGGUUUUGUUCUUAUCUUGUUAUUUUAUGUAAGAUUUGUAGAUUUGGUGAAGCUUAUGCACGAUGGUUUAUGAAACGCAAUCGACUUGUUAUCGAAUUUGAUCGUUUUAGAAAUAAAAUGUGGGUAUUUGGAAGCAAAAUCAAUGAAUUUGUGAAGCAACUGGCUAAUUUCGACAAAGAUAAGGAGAAUUUUUAUAUUGAAUCCAAACUUCAAUUGAUUGAUCCAUUUUCCUUCGAUGUUUUCUGUUUGUUAUACAAAUUUGAUGGUUGUCCAAAUCCAUUUCGGUAAGACAAUACUUUUAUGUUCUUUUCUCAUUUCAAUUGUUUUUUUUGCAGAUAUACGUGGCAUAAUUUCAUUCAGAUAAAUGAAACGACAAAAUCUAUUGAUUUUAAAGGACCUUCGGGGAUUUAUGAGAUUAUGAAUAAUUUUAAUCAUUUGAUGAGCAUGGAGGUAAAACAUUUUCAUGAAAAUAAUCUUUUAAUUGUUUUUUUUUCAGCUUCUACGAAGAUAUUCACCAUCUGGACAUCAAAGAAUACAAUGCCCAGUUUGUCUCUGUGACAUUGGAAUCAAUUUCUUCCGUCUCGAAAAUUGUGGUCAUUUUUAUUGUCGAAAUUGUAUUAACAGAAUGAUCAGUUCAUUUUUGGCAGAUGCAGUUUUCGAAAUGAGAUGUUGUUUCGAAAAAUGCGAAAAUUUAAUUUCGCCGACAGAUAUCAAGGUAAUUUUUCAUACUCUUCCUCUAAUAAUUAACUUUUCUAUUAGACCAUUUAUCUUGGCGAUGAAACACGGCUCAAAGUAUUGGAUAAUGGAAAACUUGAAGAUUUGAUUGCUCGUGCAACUCGAUAUAUUGUGACACAACCAGAUUCCAAUUAUAAUAUUUGUAAAACAACCGAUUGUGCUGGAUUUUUCAAGGUUUGUUUUGAGACAAUUAUGUUUGAAACCAAAUGUUUGAAAUAUUGGAACGCAAUUUUUUGAAAAAUCAUCUUGAAAAAACUAUAAAUUUUCAUAUGAAGAUUAAAUUUUCCAGAAAGAUUCAUCUGGAGGCGAUCAAAACACUGUUGAAUGUUUCAAAUGCCACAAAAAGUAUUGCAAUAAAUGUUUUGAAGAAUCCCACGAACAUAUUGCAAAAUGUGAAGAUUAUGCGAGAAUUUGUAGAGACUCCGAUUAUUCGCUCCAAACGUAUCUUUCAACUGAAGGACGUGGAAAAUUCCGAAUCUGCCCAACUAACAAAUGCAAAGCGCUUAUUGAAAAAAUUGAAGGAUGCAAUCAUGUUGAAUGUGCAUAUUGCCACGUACAUUUUUGCUGGAUUUGUCUUUUCGAAGCUCGAAAAAUGGGUGAUAUAUACAGACAUAUGGCGGAAGUUCAUGGUGGAUCUGGUGGAGAAUUCCAUAUUGAUUUGGUAAGUUGAAUUUUGAAUUUUUGAAAUGUAAUUUAUCUAAUCUCUAGGAUGAUUUACAUUUGUUCGCAAAUGACGAUGAAACACUUGAUGUUGAUAUUCAACGACUUCUUCUCAGAAAUCACUAG